UUACUCUUUUGUUCCCCCUUAGCAACCGGUUUGGUUAUUCAGUUCGGGCCUCCAUUUUAUUUCUCGUAAUAUGAAAUAAACGCCGACUUCCAGAGAUUAAAGCAGACUGUUAAUGGAGUAUAUAGGGGAUAAUUAAAACGCAAAGAAUAUCAACAUCAACAUGGAAUGUCUGCUGAGAGUAGGUCUGCUGGCUCUCCUAUGCUCUUGUGCCACUGGCGUGAGCCAGCCCUCUCUUAGCGGAACCUUCCUACCGGGGACGUCGAUUCUUUACCUUGGGUGUAACACGCCCAGUCGCAACAGCAGCGCCCUCUCGUGGUUCAAAGAAGACCCGAUUGAUUACAGUCUGUCUCUGUUCACGUCAAAUCCUGACCUCGAGUUCCAGUCGGUGGCUGCUAGCGACGCUGCCUGUUAUUACUGCUACCUUGAAGGAGAUGUGGUUGAUUUUGUGUGUCUGGACGUUCCGGCCCAACAAAGUGGGGUGGUGGAAUUGUCUUACACCGGAGUCUUCGUGGAAGGAAGCACAUUUGAAUAUUUCGGUUGCAGCAAAGGAGGUAGAGACGCCAGUAACGUCCAGUGGUACGCAGUGAACCCAGGGAGCAACCAGACAUUUCACAGCCAGUUCACGCUGGCGUUCACCUCCUUGGCGCCGGGGGACACAGGGUACUAUCACUGCAUGUAUAACGGAGAGUUGGUGGACAAGGUGUUUAUUAAUGUCACGCAGGCAGCUGUACCAGAAUGCACCGGCGAUAACACAGGGCAGGUAGACAAGGUGACAGAAGCGCCACCUAAGGCUCUCACUAGGGAUGAGAUAAUAUUCAUAGCAAUAGGAGCAGUGUUAUUCGUUCUCAUGCUUCUCCUGUUUAUCUGGGCAGUUUGCUGGUGCUGCGCAUGCGUGCAAAUGAAGCGGGCCACGGGGAAAAACAUGUGCUGCCCGUGUUGGAUGACUUCAGUUAUCAUACCGGUGGAAGAGAAUGCACCACCUGUGACGCCCGCACCACCAAUUCCCACAAUCUCCCAAGCUGAAAAAGGAGAUGCACCACCGUUACCAAGCAAAGUCAAAAAGCACAAGAAGAAGCAAAGAGUAUCUGACAUAACAGCAGCAACGGCGGAGGCCGACAGUCAUAAAAAACACCGACAAAAGAAAAAGUCGAAAAAGCAUGGAAAAGACACCACGCAUACUGUUGUCAUUUCAUAACGGCUUUUAACAGCGAAAAUGAAGCGAGGCGUCUCAAUCACGGAAACACCCGAUGUUGGUCGAACGAUUUAAAUACGUACCGUACGAUAGAGAGUGUUAUAUUCAAAGUUACACGAUAACCCCCUACAUUGUAUGUAACGCAGGGCU